GGGUGAUGGUUUUGUCUGAAGAUGACCUUACGUUGUUCUCAAUGGGCGGGACUUUCGUGCCCGAGCGAACUUGACUCACCUGGUUCAAAGGGGGUGGGAGAUAUGACAGCAUAGAACUCUUCAGAUAGUCAUAUUUUACUUCCAGUCCACAGGGUUUCUGUUCGUCUCUAACUUUUUAUGAAGCUUUAGCAACUGAACUCUAUGAUGUAGGCUAUUUUACCGUAUAAUAAGGCAUUAAACGUUCAGGUGGACUGUGAAGCGCCUUCUAUCAAACACCUGAAUUGUUUUAUAAGAAGUUUGUUGUUGGCGGGAGAGUAACUUGUGAAGUUAUGGCAUCAGCAAAUCGCCAUAGACGAGUGAGAUCUCAGCUGCCAACAUGUUAUUACGAAGGCUUUCUGGAAAAGAAAACCAUCAAAGAUAAGAUGGGUCGCAAACUCUGGACCAGCUUGUGUGGAAAUGCACUCUUUUUCUACAAUAAUACCAAAGACAGUGUGUAUAUAGAGAAGCUGGAGCUCUCUGAUCUCAACUCCGUGUCAGAUGACUGCUGUCAUGACCGAAACCUGAACGCCGCUGGAUUCACUCUGCACAUGAAAAAGGAAGACAUCAAGAUGAUUGCACCCAGCCUUGAGGCGCGAGAACUGUGGAAAGGCUACAUGCUCUCAGUUUCUAGGCUGUCUGUGCCAGCUCUGAACCUUCUGCCUGGUCAGAUUCACAUGAUGAAAGAAAUAAUUGACAAAGAGACAAAGAGGCAGCGGCUUCUUUCAGCGCCACCACCAUCCCAGGACUCUGACCCAUAUGUUCACGUAGUGCCAGACAUGCCUUCCUGUUAUCAUAAUGUCACUCGUGUCGAAGCUGAAAUCUUAUUGGAAAGGAACUCUGCACAGGGAAACCUACUGCUGCGGCCGGGUCAAGAUGGGAUGUCUUUUGCUCUCACCACUCGCCAAGAUAUUAACAAACCAGUAUUCAAACAUUACCGCGUGUCUCGGAGGCCUGAAGGAGGAUUCAUCAUUGCCCUUGAGACUCCUAUCACCUGUGCCACCCUGCAUGAUGUCGUCACCUACGUGGUGGAUAAGGCCGAUGGGGUUUUGGUGCCUCUUGUGAUAGAGGAACACUAUGAGAAAAAUUUCGUAAUUGUUAAGCCCAAUGAAGAAAAUGGUGAGAUAAGUGAACAUUGUCUCAGAAAUGCCCCUUCGCCUACUCCUCCGCUGCCUCCCCCGAAACCAGGCACAAGGAAUCUCAGUCCCAAUUCAGAAUCAUACAUGCAUGAAAACGAAUACCUCAAUUGUUCAGAUAUUGGAGAGUAUGAGGAGGCUCAGGACAGAUGUAUGAGAAGUCUUCCCCUACCACAUCCUCCAGAUGGUCAAAGAAAAGCUUUGGUACCUCCUGGCUACGGUAAAACACCUUCCCGAAGCAACAGUAUGUCAGGCUUGCCUGAGAAACUCUCCAGGCGUGAGCUUAGUGUUGACUUAAAUGAGCUCCAGGAUGCUUUUAGGAGACGAGGUCUCCAGGAAUAAUUUUAAUCUCAAUAAGAGAGAUAAUGAUGAAGAUAAUAGUAAUGGUUUCAUUGUUGAACGAGGAUGAAUUCCUUAGUAUUAAGCCAGCAGAUGUAUGGAUAUAGAACUUUACUCACCUGAACGCUGUGUCUGUGAGAUUUGUCCAGUUGG